UAGCAACAUCAGUGUUAGAAAACUAAUAUCUGUACUCUGUUCUAUAAGAUCAGAAUAAAUUAAUAUUUGCAAAAUUUGUACUUUUUGUGGAUAAUGACUGAUUGUUUUAAGUAAUCAAUAUAUGCAUUACUAUUAUUCUUUCGUUUUUGCUCCUGAUAAAGUCGUAAAUUUGUGUACUUUGUGAGUUAUUUUAGUAAUCAGUGACAUUAGAGUGAAGUGCCUAAUUUGAACAUGGAGGCUAUAGCAAAACACGAUUUCACUGCUACUGCGGAUGAUGAACUCAGUUUCAGGAAAAACCAGGUUCUCAAAAUACUUAAUAUGGAGGAUGAUAUGAAUUGGUAUAGAGCUGAAUUAGAUGGAAAGGAGGGUCUUAUUCCUAGUAAUUACAUCCAAAUGAAAAAUCACAGUUGGUAUUAUGGUAGGAUAACAAGAGCAGAUGCUGAAAAGCUUUUAGCAAAUAAACCAGAAGGAGGAUUCCUAAUAAGGAUUAGCCAAUCAAGUCCAGGAGAUUUUUCAUUAUCAGUCAAAUGUCCCGAUGGUGUACAACAUUUCAAAGUACUAAGGGACGCGUCAAGCAAAUUCUUCCUAUGGGUUGUGAAGUUCAACUCGCUCAAUGAAUUAGUCGACUACCAUCGCACCGCCUCAGUCAGCCGCCUGCAAGACGUCAAACUCAGAGAUGUUGUGCCUGAAGAGAUGCUGGUACAGGCGCUGUACGACUUCACACCCCAAGAGGCUGGCGAGUUGGAGUUCAGACGGGGUGAUGUCAUCACUGUACUUGACCGCUCAGACCAGCACUGGUGGCAGGGCGAGAUUGCUCACCGGCGCGGCCUUUUCCCUGCGUCGUAUGUGACGGCAUAUCACUCAUAGCUCACCGACCAACAAACGCUCCGCCUCCCCAUACCCAUAAUGCUCGCGCCACCUUCGCUGUAAACAUUUUAAAAUGUUGAUCCCGCAAACGAUAGUAAAAUCGCACGAAAUACAUGGUCCAUACAAACUAAUACAAUUGCGUUUGAUUGGCUAUGUGACUAUGCGAUUUUAAAUUAUAUCGCUUGCGGGAAAAAUGGCAUCAUCCUUCACACUAAAUGCAUGCCGUCUUUCUCUAGCAUUACCCGCUAGAAAGAGACGUCUAUACUAUAUCCCAUUUCGGAAAUAUCCACCAACGAAGCGUCACAGCAGCUUUUAUAUUUUACCGGAUCUUAAAUGAUAUUUCUAUUUAUAAUAACGUUUUAUAAGUUAAUUAUUCGUAGAUUUUUAUCGGUUUACCAUAAUAUAGACUAUUGGUUUUACACAAUUAUCAAAGGAAAUAAUUUUGGUAGUUCGACUUGCGACGCUUCGGUACUAAGCUUGUAUGUCCUUACAUAAUUCUUCAUGCAGUGACAAGCAACUGGUUGUAAUUAAUUCACCGCACAUUGCUAGUUAUGGAAUGCAUAAUGUCACUUUCUAUUAUUUAAAGUCGUAUAUGAUUUGUACAAAUAUAUAAAGAACUAGCAAUGUUAAAUGAUACUAAAUAUUACCAGAAGUAUAUUUUAUUUGGUUUAAUUAAAACACUUUGGAGUGCGGAGUUUGAAUUACAAGCUCCAAAUCUGUUAGGCAGAGUAAUUUUUAUUUAAAUUUUAGAUUUACAUUUUAACAUGUUUUUUUUAUUAUUAAACACUAACAGAUAAGUUCGAUCAGUUGCUUGUACUAUCGUCCCAUCUUGCUAAUGUAAACCCGUUAAAUCAAUCUUUAUAUUUACACAAUGGUCCUUCGAGCCGGAUUGCACAAAAUGAAUGAAAAUCGAUAAGCCAAGUGGAAGUAAAAAGAUUGAUUACUCAUGAUUCAGUACAUUAUCAUUCUCAUCAUCUUAAUCACCAAGCGAGUCUUCUAGGCGGAGGGCGUUGUUGAAAUAUAUAAAAAUGGCGUUGAAACCCAAUUCUGGGGCUGUGUGAUUGGCGAAUGACAACGUGGACACUAGAAAUACACGGACUUAAAUUUUAAUGUUGCUAAAUUGCUUUUAGCCUAUUUGUAUUAAAUGUAUGUUAAAUGAUAUAAUAAGGCCUCGUGGGAUUUGUGUGUAUUUCUAGUGCUAUGGCAUGUGCGUUAGAUUAAAUUUAUGGGAAUGUAACUCGCUCCUAUAAAGGUUGAAUUUGAAUUUGACGUUGAGCCAAACUCUUCAAUAUUUAUCAAAAUAUUGUACAUCAAAGUUUUAUAGGCAGACUUGAAAUUUGAUUUUUUGUCUCUUUUUAACAGAGCGUUAACUCAAUUUGAGAGAAAGAGACGAUUAGUUAUGAGAGACUUAUGGCAUAGGUUAAAUUGAUUUCCGUUUUGAUGAAUAUUUAAGUUUUUGGCUAUCGUAGGAAUUAUAACAAAAUUUUCAAAUAUAAUUUCUGUCAUAUGGUAGGAGCGAGAGAAUUGGAUUUUAUUAUCAGAGCUUGUAAAUAGCGGUUUAUAUUAUCAAGCUGUCUUAUUUGAUGUUUUAUGGUGCUUCAUCUCAUAGUUUCGCAAUUUGUCGGCGUUAAUAUCAAAAUUUCUGGUAGUACAAAAUUUUUUUUACGAAUUUAUCUCGUCACAUCUAGGAACGACCGAUCGGUUAGAUUCGACAGUCAUUAGUAAUAAUGCGUCCGCUUACGUGCCAGAAUAUUAUUUUAGUUUUUGAAAUAUAUAUGCUUAGUAAUAGUGCGUGGGAUCAAUGUUUUGAAUUGUUCCGCUGAAUUCAUUGUGAUUAUCCCCUUGACGAUAUGGGCCUUAGAAAAAGGGAAUCGAUGUAUUUGUAGAGCGCUGUCUCUUUCGCACAUGUUGUUCGUCAGUAUGUGGGAGAGAGACAGUGCUCUAUAAAAGUGGAAUCGAUGUAUUUGUAGAGCGCUGUCUCUUUCGCACACGUGGUUCGUCUGUAUGUGGGAGAGAGACAGUGCUCUAUAAGAGUGGAAUCGAUGUAUUUGUAGAGCGCUGUCUCUUUCGCACACGUGGUUCGUCUGUAUGUGGGAGAGAGACAGUGCUAAGAGUGUUUCUAAAUGUUGAGUAUGACCAUUAUCCCGAUAUAGCGUAAUGCUCCUGGAAUAUUUACCACUCUACAUUAGUUAGGUAAGUUCGCGGUUUUUACUUUGAUAAAGGUAUACAAAUAAUAAUCCAGUUUAGUAUUAGGAAAGGUUUUCUGUCUGAAGCUUCCCUUAGCUUAGGCCGCGGCGGGUUUGUUUCGCACAAAUUUGUCCAUAUUAUUCGUGUGCCCGGUUUUAUAUGAGUGGACUUUUUGAUGUACAGCGAGCGUUUUGAACGAGUUUUUAUAUUGCAUCGCGCUUUUAGCUUUCGAUGUACGACGACCGUUACCCGUUAGUGUUAUCUAUAAGUAAUAUCAAUUAAUAUUUCAAAUUUUAACCUAAAUAUAAAUUUUAACUAAGACGCUGUAGUCAUAGGGACUACAGUAAUGAAUACGGCGUGUAUGACGUGGCAUUCGUGCUACUGUACUUAGUUAGCGUAUGUAGUCAAGACUUUGAAAAAUUAAUAACUUUGAGAGCUCGUUAAUCCAAUGUAGAUAUUUUAUUUUUGUUAUCGUAAUGUACCCGAAAUUAAUAUUUAUCGAGAUUGAUAGAAUUUUAGAGAUGUGUCACCACGGCGUAAAUGUUAGAAUUUCUCCUAAAUAAAUCGAUGUAAUCCUAAAUGUUCUAUUUAAUUGUUUUGUAAAAGCGGUGUAAGCCAUCGUAAAACGCUAAACAAUAUUAUAUAAUAUUGUGCUUCUCGCUGUAGACGUAAGAUGACAUGUUUUAAUAAAUCGGAAGUGCUCUAAUCUAUGAUAAUCAAAUAUUUAAAUAAUUAAGUUAUGAUUCUCCAAUAUUGUGGAAGAUGUAUAAUAUUUUUUACUAAUAAAUUUAAUAUUGUA